AUCGUAUAGCGCCGCUAUACGAUCUUUGGUACGCUUACGCUCCGGGUUACAGUAGGCAGCCAUCAUGGCGGGACGGUGUGAUGAUUACUCUGACAGCAGUAUCCGUUCUGACUUUUCAGAUGGCGAAGGAGAAUCAAAUAUGUAUUGUGUAAUGCAUGUAACAGAUACCGUACAUAGGAAAAUUAAGGUAUUGAAAGCUAAGCACUUAAAAAGGUUUAUGGAAUGUGCACCCAUUUGGAAAACACUUAAAGGCACCCGUGAAAGCGUGGUUGCCGAUGAAGCAGAUAAGAUCUUCCUUCAUCUUAGCGGCCUAGUAGGCCUAGGCCCGACCCUAGAUAAGAAGAAAGUUGAUAAUAAUGGUAGUUAUGAAAGUGGGGCUGAAAUGGAUACGGAUGCAUUAGCGGCAGAAAAUUCAGUUGAAAAUGGAAGGAAAGAAGGCCGUAUUCCAGGUUUCCAUGAACGGUGCUAUAGAUGCUUCUGUAACAUUUCAAGUAUUGAGAAAAAAAUUAAAAGACUCAAGAAAUAUGAAGGAGCUGAUGAUCCAGAACGCAAUUCCCUUCUGAAUUCCUUACUCGCCAAGAAAAGAUGUCUCUCAUCGACAAGUGAUCAAGUAAUUCAGAGUGGGUGUGUUAUUUGCAAAGGUGACCUGUUUAUCAAAAACAAUAUCACUGGUAAAAAAUUUCAAGAGAGGUUAGUGAGUUGUGAGAAAUUAGGUUUUGAGAUUUUAGUUGAAGCAGCCAUUUUAAAGCAAGAUAAGGUGCUUUUGAAAACUUUAAGAGGUGGAAAUUCUGAUGUUGUAAAAGAAAAGUGCCAUAAAUUGUGCCAUUUGAGGUACACUAAAAUUGUGAAGGCUUCAAAAAAGGUUAGUAAAGUCACAUCACAGCAGGAACACUUAUAUGUUGCAGCUUACAUUCAUUUCUGCAAGAAGUUUAUUGAGGAACGAAUCAUCAGAAAGAAAGAAAUUUUACGACUUGGUGAAUUGAACAAGUCUUUCAUCAAAGAAGUAUCUGAUAUGGAAGGAAAGGAUGCAUCAUGCCACACUACUUCACAACUUAAAGACAGAUUGAGGAUAUCAUACCCAGUUCUUUGUUUCUCACAACCGACUGAAAUAGUCAGAAGUGAAUUUGUUUAUACUGAAACGCUCUCUACUGAAGAGGUGAUGGAUAAUAAUGAUGAGGAACUUGAUGGCACAAAGAAUUACAGUGAUGGACAGUCUCCUGUUAUACCCACCCAAGACCAAAAUCCUUUUGCAAUUGUAGAUCAGAAACAGGAAUUACUGCUUGUUCCUCUGAAUGAAUGCGUUCUAUGUAGACGCAGGCGAUCAGAGACGGAUAGAAGAACAGGUGUGCAACGUCUUGAAAAAUUAGGAGCCUGUGUGAAAGGAGGUGCAGAGAAAAUAGUCAAAGCUGCCAUUUUGAGGCAAGAUGAGGUGGUUUUGAAGAUUUUAGGAGAUAAAAGGUCAACUGAUUUUCAGGUUAAAUGCCACAGAACUUGCUAUAAGAGGUACACCAAUAUCCUUUCUAGAGGAUGUAAGAAUAAAGACCCAGUUGAGCAGCAGCAGUUAUAUGUUGUGUCUUACACUAAUUUCUGCAGAAAGUUUAUUGAGGAACGAAUUAUAAAAAAGAAAGAGAUUUUAAGACUAAGUGAAAUGAACAAAUCAUUCAUCAAAGAAGUAUCUGAUGUCGAAGGAAAGGAUGCAUCAGCCCUCACCACUGCACAACUUAAAGCCAGAAUGAUAAUGUCAUACCCAGUCCUGUGUUUCAUACAACCAUCAAAAAUAAUAAAAACUGAAUUUGUUUUUACGGAAUGUCUUUCUUUGGAAAACUUUGUAAAGAAGAAUGUUGAGAUUGCCACGAAACAGGACACAGAACAAUCCUCUUCAUCCAUUCAAACACCAUCCAAGGCCCGUGAUGAUAUGGAGGAUAGGUUUGAAGAUGCUGAUGGAUCAGAUGACAGCAUGAAUCAACCUCUCUCCACAACCAUUCUAGAUCAAGAGUCGCCUUGUUCACUUCCUGUUGACAUGUAUCAUGCAGCAUUGGGCCUCAGGGCUAUUAUGGAUAUACCAACUAACCCAGAUGUCAUGACCUUUGACGAUGAAACAGUACCAGCUAGAUUGUUCAAUUUCUUAGCAUGGAUUACUAAUUUGAGCGAAGACCAACCAGAAAGAGGGACAGUCAAUCUCCCAGAACAUUUUAAAAUAAGUGUAUUUUCUUUGGCUCAGGACAUUAUGUAUCUUAAAUCACGUUCAAAAUCACUUAAGUCGUAAUAGUACAGUACAAUGUAUGUGCGUUCACUG